UUCCGUGCCUCUGCUGAGUGACUCCUCCUAAGAGAGAUAAUCACCUCUCCAGCCUCUCUGGGAUCCAGCUUCCUCUUUGCUCAGGUCUCCAGCUUCCCAGACCAGAGGGAUCUGCACUGAGGGGCUUGGAACUCAAGACAGGACACACAGGCUCUUAUGAAAGGUGCUUGAAGCAGAAGCCACCAUGGCGAACCAUGUCACACAGAUUUCCCGAGAUGACCUGGAAGAACUCAGAGAGGCCUUUGAUAAAAUUGAUAUUGACAACAGCGGAUUCGUGAGUGACUUUGAGCUUCAGGAGCUGUUCAGAGAGGCAAGCUUCUCCCUGCCGGGCUACAAGGUGCGAGAGAUCAUCGAGACCUUCAUGGCUGGAGACACCAACAAGGAUGAGAAGAUCAGCUUUGAAGAGUUUGUUUCUAUCUAUCAGGAGCUGAAGAGCAAGAAGUUCAGUGAGACGUUUAGGAAAACCAUCUCAAGGAGAGAUGGCAUCCAAUCUUUUGGUGGAAUGUCCAGGAAAUCCAGUGAGGGAACCCAACACUCUUACUCUGAUGAGGAGAAGGUGGCUUUUGUAAACUGGAUCAACAAAGCUUUGGCCAAAGAUCCUGACUGUGAUCAUCUGCUACCCAUGGACCCCAGCGGCGAAAGCCUCUUCGCCUCUGUCCGCGAUGGCAUCCUGUUAUGCAAAAUGAUCAACCUGUCUCAGCCUGACACCAUCGAUGAAAGAGUCAUCAACACCAAGAAACUCACCACGUUCAAAAUGACUGAGAAUCUCAUCCUGGGUCUGAACUCAGCCUCAGCCAUCGGCUGCACGGUGGUGAACAUCGAUGCCCAUGAUCUGAUGGCCGGAAAACCCCAUCUGGUCUUGGGACUUCUGUGGCAGAUUAUCAAAGUGGGCCUGUUUGCUGAUAUAGAAAUCAGCAAGAACGAAGGUCUCUAUGGGCUCCUGAAAGAGGGAGAAGAACUGGACCAUCUGCUGUCUCUCUCUCCUGAGGAGCUGCUGCUCCACUGGGUCAACCAUCAUCUGCGCAACGCAGGAACCCAGCCAAUCAGUAACUUCAGUGGAGACAUCAUGGACUCGCGGGCCUACUUCUACCUGCUGGACCAGAUCUCAUCCCAUGAAGAGAACAACAAGAUGAGAAUCAAAAUCGACAUGAGCGGCCUAAAUGAGCCUGAUUUGGAGGAGAGGGCAGAGCUGAUGCUGCAGCAGGCGGCCCGGCUGGACUGCAGACAGUUUGUGUCUCCGCAGGAUGUCACGUCUGGAAACAGCAAACUCAACCUGGCCUUUGUGGCCAAUCUGUACAACAUGCACCCCGCCUUGCAGAGAAGUCAGGCCAACAGAAAUGGCAUAGAGAUUGCACACAUAGCAGGCGAGUCCAGAGAAGAGAAAACAUUUCGCAACUGGAUGAACUCUCUAGGUGUCGCUCCGUAUGUCAAUCAUCUGUACUGUAACCUGCGUGACGGCUUGGUGAUUUUGCAGCUUUAUGAAAAGGUCCAUGUGCCUGUGAAUUGGAGUAAAGUCAACCAUCCACCUUAUCCUGUCCUGGGUGCAAAUAUGAAGAAGCUGGAGAACUGUAACUAUGUAGUGAAGCUGGGCAGAGAUGUAGCACACUUCUCUCUGGUUGGUAUCGGAGGAGAAAACAUCAACAAUGGCAGUCCUUUGCACACUCUGGCACUUGUCUGGCAGCUCAUGAGGAGGUACACAGUGCAGGUUUUGUCAGAUCUGGGUGAUGGAGAAAAGAUUGGAGAUCAGAUCAUCCUUAACUGGGUCAACACCACUCUGAGCCAGAAACGCAAGGACUCACAGAUCAGCAGCUUUAAGGACAAACUGAUCAGCACCAGUCUCCCAGUGGUUGACCUGAUUGAUGUCAUUGCUCCUGGUACAGUCAAGUGGGACAUGGUGAAGAGAGCAGAGAAUGGACGGCUGAAAGAUGAAGAUAAACUCAACAAUGCCAAGUAUGCGAUCUCAUUGGCCCGUAAGAUCGGAGCUCGUGUUUAUGCACUGCCUGAUGAUUUGGUCGAGGUGAAACCCAAGAUGGUGAUGACGCUGUUCGCUUGCCUCAUGGGCCAUGGUAUGAAAAAGGCCAAACCCUGAAAAACAACGGAAAAUACAGACAUGAACAAACCUGGGAACCAGCCACCAAUAUUAUUCAUGACAGCAUUAUACUUCCAUUGGCUUCAUUUCUUCUUUUUUUCAGCGUUCAUCAUCUUUGUAAAUCCGCUGACCUUGUUGUGAUCACUCAAAAGAGGCAUUUAGAUUCUAAUAAGUAUUAAGUAUCCUGUAUUGUACAAUUAUUUGUGUCUUUUUCUAUAAGAAAAAAUAUAUAAUUUCUCAUUCACAAAGUGAACUGUUUGUGUAUCUGUGAUUUAACAUAAUCAACGAAUCGCUCUUUGCUAUUUACUCCUUGCCUCAUGUUUUUCUCCUAUCAGCAAUGCUGUAAAUGUUGUGCACUGAUGUUGCUAUUUAAUUAUUAAAAAAAUGUUGACUGGA